AUGAACUUACCAGACCCCACACCAGUGUCGGGGGAAAUCGUUGACUUUGACUUGGACGCCAUCGUUGGCGGCGCUGGCGCUGGAGCGUCACGUGCGUCCAAUCCCCGUUCCAACCCCAUAUCUGUAGCGCCAGAUGCCAUCGCGUCCGCUUCAGAUGAAGAUGGUGGCAAAACCCGUCCCAUCAAUGUGAUUUCACGCGUGCUUCAGUUCGAGGCUAAGAGUCCCGUUCGUCUUCGGCGCGUGGCGUUGCGCCAGUUUGUCGGCAGCUCUCUUGUGGCGCUGUCGCCACACACUUUUGACUUUUGCACCGACCUGUUUGAUCUCAAGGCGGGAGUGGAGGAAGGGCUUUUGCUGGUGGUAAGCCGUGCACGCGGACAUGCCAAGAGCAGUAUUCUUAUGUCGAUCCAUGUUCUGGACCCGCGUCGGAGCCUCUUUUUCGACGAGAUCCGCUUCUUCACCCAUCGCAUGAAAAAGGCUAAACAGCAUUUCUCUUUGGCGCAUUUGAAGUGGCUGCUUACACUCGACACCGCUAAAAACUCCGUCACCGCACGCUUGGCCUAUGUUGUUGCCCUUACCCCACUGUUUUAUCGCUACUUCUCGUCAGACGUGUCUUCUGCCCUUGUGCGUGUACUUCAACCUGAAGUAGAACCAUACCCUCCAGCACUGGCAGAGCAGAAAGCCGAAGACGCUUUUGUGGAGCGUUUUGCCCAGGUGCCUGUGGACUCGCAUCUUUUCUACAAAGUGAUUAGUGACCACACGGCUCUCAUGCCACCUGUGGAAGCUGUGGGCCACCCACAUUUGCGGACGGAGUUACUUCCAUUUCAGCGCAAGAGUGUCGCCUGGCUUUUGGCUUCAGAGGGCACUGAGUUCGAUGCCGCAACAAAGCAGACUCGCUCUCUCCCGCUUUUGCCCAAUGAUGCUGUAGAAGCGCUUCGGUCGGGUCAAACAGCGUCUUCUAUGGACGCAGAACAAGUGGCGACCCAUGUGGCACGUGCGUUAGCCCGCUUCUGCUAUGGCUGGCGCCGCGUGAAUUUUCGGGGAACCGAAUGUUGGCUCAACGAGCUUACGGGAAAUAUUUUAACCACGCCCCAAGUACACGCAUUUCUUUUGGAAUACAUUGACGAGGGAUCGACCCCACUUCCAGGACGUGGGCUCUUGUGUGAGGAAAUGGGUUUAGGAAAAACUGUCGAAAUCAUGAGCUUGGUCCUUCUUCAUCCCCGCCCUGCAGAAGACGUGGGGAAGGAAAUCUCCAUGCAAUUGGCACAAGAGGGCGAUGUGAGGGUGGUGAAGAUGGCGAAAACAACAGUGAUUGCGGCUCCAGACGCCAUCCUCCGCCAGUGGUUUAGCGAGAUCACAACCUUAUGUCCUGCCAUGCUGGUAACUAUAUACCGUGGCUUGGGCAAGUACCCGGAGCUUGGAAAUGUGCCACGAUACAUUGCUGAGUUCUUGCUGCGCUUCGAUAUUGUGCUCAUGAACUAUGUCACCAUGGCUCGUGAAAUGGACUACGCCAACUACUCGUCGAGACACAUCCCCACUCGCGGUGGUCGGAAACGGAAUCAUACAGAGAGCGCAGGCGCUCCAGAAGAGCCAAAAAGUGCCUCGGAAACUGCUGACAGCUUCAAAGCCGAGUUUUCUCUUGGAGCAGAAACCCUCAGUCACAAGAAUUAUGAACGGGCCGUGUUGGAUGAGCUUUCGGUGCGUUUGCGCCGUGAGGACAUUAAAUCCAUCCCACACACGCACUUUUACGAAUCACCAUUGAUGCUUUGCCAGUGGUGGCGUGUGGUGUUGGAUGAAGUGCAGAUGGUGGCCCUGGGAGCUUCUCGUUCAUUCAAAACGGCCGCGUUAAUUCCUCGUUUUCAUUCGUGGGGUGUAUCGGGAACGCCUGUGCGGCUGCCGGCAGUUCUUCAAUUCUUGCGGUUUCUGCCUUUUGACUAUGAUAUUUCCAAGCAUUGUUGGAAACGCUUAACGGAGCCGGAAUAUUCGAAUGCUGAUUUCGUUCGCGUAUGGCUGUCGCUAGCCUUGCGUCACACAAAGGCAAUGGUGUACGAUGACAUCAAACUUCCCCCUCAACAUCGUAUUCUUCUCACAAUGCCUUUCACCAAAGUGGAGCAGGACAGAUACGACCAGAUGUUUGAAUCCACAGUCGCAUCAAGCGGAAUUAGUGCGGACGCAAUUAAAGAAAAAACUCCUUUAAAACUUUCCAGCUCUACCUGCGUUCACUUGCGGACAUGGCUUGUCAAGCUUCGGCAAUUGUGCGGAAACAUGCAAAUUGGGUACCUUAACCACAUCCAGACAGCACGGGGCCGCUCGAAGAGCAAGUUUCUUCUCAACGGUAUUCCCGAACUCAAAACAUUAGAGAAUGUACUUGAUGAUAUGAUUGAUGCAGUCAAGUCUGAUAUCAACGACGGCGAGAAAACCGUUAUCAACAAGCUUGUUGAUAUCGGCCUGUUCUUGGAAUAUGUACUCUAUCCCGAAAAAGUGCUCACAAUAAUGGAAAGAGUGCUUUUAGAGACUACCAAAUUGAUUGAACGAGUAUCUACCAAAUGCCAGAAUGAUCACCAGGAGUACCAGAUGAUUCGGCGCAAGUUAUCUGCCCUUGGAAGCUUAUCCAAAAAGGAUUUGAAUGAUGUCUCUGAUGAAGAGGAUCUGGACGGUGAAGAAGAUCAGGCUAAGAAACCCAAAUUAGAACUGGUUGAAGAUGUAGAUGUGCAAGCUCUCUUAGCCCGUUAUGAAAAACUAAAAGAAACUGUUGCGUCGAACAAAUUAAGAUUGCGUGGCUGGAAAAUGCUUCAACAUAAAUGUUUCUUCUUAAUGGCUUCUGCACAUUUCCAGAUGUACGAUCCUGAAUACCAAACGAAAAUCUCUGACAUGCGUGUUCACGCUGAGCAAAUUGCAGAUGUGGAAGUCAAAGUUCAGCAAAGUGGGCAUGUACAAGACGAGAUGGACACAGAUCAGGUCAUGAAAGUUGAACCAAGCUUUGACUUAUUAUCCACAUUCAAGCCCCAAGAAGACUGGACCGCAGAAGAGAUGAAAUUAGAAAGGCACAAACAUCUUGAGCUGAGUCUCUAUGCACUUGCAGAGGAAUGUCGUAAAGAUAUUCUUAGCCAUUCUAUCAAGGAGGCUGAUUCUGUCACUAAUAAAAGGCUUUCAGCACGUUCUUUAAUGAAAGAAGAUGAUUGGGUGAAUGACGGAAAGACAAAUUUCCCUAAAUCUUCCAAGAAGCUUAUUAUGUCCGUACCACUUAUUGACUUGUCAGGUAUCACAGACUUGAUUGCGGAUCAGAAAGUGAAGCAGCUCGUGGUACAAUUCACCAAUUUAGUGGAGCAGUUCAACAGGCAAGCGAAUGUGAUCAACGAGAAUAUGGCCGAACUUCACAAAAUCUUACUUGUGCCACUUACUAGUACAGAGGAAUCACCAGACGGAGAAGAAUUCGACAACUCCGUCCAGUAUCAGGAAAGAGCAUCUUGCUUGAUGCUUGUGACAUCUCAAUUAUUAAAAGACCGUUCUGCUGCAACAUUCGAAACCAAAACACAGAUCACAGAAUUCACUAAAGAACAAGAUCAUGAGUUUAAAAUGGAAGCUCGCAAAGUCAGCGAUGGAAAGUACCUUAGAGAAUUGAACAACAAAAGACUUAAGGCCAGACCUGAUGGCACUGUGUCUUUGGAAGAGAUUUUGCAAGAUGCACGAGUAUUGGAGAUUGAAAUUGAAGAUAGCCGGAAGGCUAAGCUGCAUCUUCCUAUUUUCCAUGAGAUUUUGCUGACCAUUCGAGGCAUUCUUGAAAACGAAAAGACAUGCCAGAGUUUACUUAGUAAGGAGCUCAGUACAAGCUUUAAUGCUGUGUUCAAUGCUCGUGUGGAAUACUUCAAGCAACUUCAGCAGGUUUCUGAUUCCGUCCAACCGAAGGCAUAUGGAUUUACCCAAGAAGAAAUGGACUCUCAAGUUAUUGAUAGCGAGUUGCAAAAGCUUCUUAUGCUGCUCGUAUUCGAUAGAAAUCGACUCACAAGAGCGUUCACUCGGUUGAAGUACUUGAAGACGCUUAUACCAAAGACAGAUGUAAAAGUAAAGCAGGAAGCUGAAGAAGUCAGUGAUGAGGAGAUGAUGUGCAUCAUUUGUCAAUCACCGAUUAUUGUUGGUUCUUUGACAGCGUGCGGUCACAGAUUUUGCAAAGAGUGUCUUAAUGAGUGGCUUGCAAGAAACUCAACGUGCCCCAUGUGCAAAUCUUACACAGACAGAGAUACAGUGUAUUAUUUCACCCACUAUAAGCAUGAUUUGAAAGCCCACACCGAAGAAAAUAAACAUACACAGACUGAGGCUCAGCACAGCGAUGCUGUCCACCAAAUUUACAAACAGGUGGAUGCAGAAACUUUACAAGAUAUUCAACGGAUGAAGUUGUCCAACAGUUACGGGUCCAAGGUUGACAUGAUUGUCAAACAAGUUUUGCAUUUGCGCGGCCAGGAUCCUAAUGUGCAAAUUGUUAUUUUCAGUCAGUGGAGGGACUUGCUAGUCAUUUUAGCUUCUGCAUUUGACAAGGCAAAAAUAACUUAUGUAUCGGCAAAGGGCUCACAUGUGGCGGCACUGACGUCAAAACUCUCGGACCCAGUUGAAGCCUUUAAAGACCAAAACAACAUCAAGACGUGUUUUCUUUUGAAUGCACAGGCACAAGCCAGUGGACUCACGUUGAUCAACGCAACCCAUAUUUUCCUCUGCGAGCCUUUAGUGAAUACCCCUACAGAAUUGCAAGCAAUCAAUCGGAUCCAUCGGAUUGGUCAGAAGAAGGUGACUACAGUGUGGAUGUUUGCGAUCGAAAAUACGGUGGAGGAAAACAUUGUUGCAUUAGGAACACGCAAAAGACAAGAGUAUCUCAAGGCCAAUGCACAAGAAAACCUGAUCACAGUGGAAGACGAAAAUAAUGACGAAGGUGAAGAUAAUGAAAAAAUAAUUGAAAUUAAAGAGGAUGAUGCGAUGGACACUACUGAAAUGGUAGAUAAAGAUUUACGGACAGCAGAAUCGUUCGCAUUGACAGUCUCAAACGGGCCCCGUUCAUUUGUGGGCACAAGUGAGGCCGUAGAUGACGGUGAUUUGUGGAAUGUUUUCUUCGGAGACAAGGACAGCUAG